AUGGCGAUAGGCAGGAGAGGAAACAGGUCGAAACGGCAGCAUGAUUUCCGCUUGCUAAGAGGAAGCAUUUUCUCUCGACACCUCCGUGUCACCGUGACCUUUACGUCCUCGGGCUUCUGGCCCAUUGGCCCCUGGCCCAGUGUGGCUACCCAGUUUGAGGAGCAGACUGUUUUCACUUUGUGCGGCCUCAGCAACUGCUGUGAGGCAUCGUUGGGUACAGAUGUGGUUAACCAGCGACGGUUCCCCAUGUUCAUCGCGCCUCUCCGGAGGGUGGCCUCGUCCCCGCAUCUUGUCCUUUCUCCUUUGCCCCUGCGAUUCUUUGUCCCCGUCCCCUUCCCGACCAUCCCUCGGAGGACCAAUAACAACAUGAGACGGGUCAACUUUGCCCAUGGCCAGGAAGCUGCCCUGCUCCCUCCUGUCCUGUCCGUGAGGCGUACAGUUCCGAGAAAGCAGGAGGAGGAUCCCGAGAAAAGCACCGUGGGGAGCAGCAAGGCCAACCCGGCUUCCGGCAGUGGGUUUUUCAAGUGGGAAGAGUUUGCAGAAGGCGAAUGUCUAAUGGGCACCUCCACUUGGCCAACUGCCGUGUUACCUCCCCAGCGAGCCAAGAAUAAACGACUGGGCCACGUUGGCUCCCGCACCUCCGUCCGUCGUCCCUGCCCCGACCCCGAGCUGCCUGACAGGCCUCUGCUCUCCGACUUCCACUCACCAAUGCCGCCCGCCCGACACAUCCUUGUCUGUACGUUCCUCUGUCUGUCCGGGCUGGUUGAAGCGGUGACCAGGACGUACUAUAUUGGGAUUGUGGAAGAACACUGGAACUAUGUGCCCCAGGGGAAAAACCUUAUUACAGGAAGGAGUUUCACAGAAGACAAACUCGCCAUGCUCUACCUCGAGCGAGGCCCCAACCGGAUAGGCGGCGUCUACAAGAAGGCCGUGUACAAGCACUACACCGACGAGACCUACUCCACGGAGAUCCCCAAGCCCCCCUGGCUUGGCUUCCUGGGCCCCAUCCUGAGGGUUGAAGUGGAAGAUGUGAUGGUCGUCCGCCUGAAGAACUUCGCCUCCCGCCCCUACUCGCUGCACCCUCACGGGGUGUUCUACGCGAAGGAUUCGGAAGGGGCCCUCUACCCAGAUGGGACCUCGGGGAAGAACAAGGAUGACGACAUGGUCCUCCCCGGGAGAAACUACACCUACGUCUGGACUGCCAAGGAGGCGUACGCCCCAACUCCGGCCGAUGCCAACUGCCUGACAUGGGUGUACCACUCCCACAUCGAUGCGCCCAAGGACAUAUGUUCCGGCUUGAUCGGCCCACUCCUGGUCUGUAAGAAAGGAACUCUGAGCGGCUAUGUGGGGGCCAGGGCCGACGUGGACAAGGAAUUUGUGCUGAUGUUUACACUGGUGGACGAAAAUCAGAGCUGGUACCUCGACGAAAACAUCAAGCACUUCUGCUCGGAUCCCAGCACGGUCGACAAGAACGAUGCGGUUUUUCAGCGCAGCAACAAAAUGCACGCCCUGAACGGUUUCCUUUUUGGAAAUCUCCCAGAGCCGGCCAUCUGCGCCGGGGAAUCGGUGUCCUGGCACCUGUUCGGGAUGGGGAACGAGAUCGAUAUCCAUUCCAUCUAUUUCUACGGCAACACCGUCCGCAGCCGAGGGCAUCGAACCGACGUGGUCAACCUGUUCCCGGCCACCUUACUGACGACCGAGAUGAAAGCCGACAACCCCGGGAAGUGGAUGAUCACGUGUCAAGUCAGCGACCACCUUCAAGCUGGGAUGGUGGGCCAGUACAGCGUCGAGACCUGCAGGAGCGGAGGCCCCCCGACACCCAGGCUGCAAGGCCGCCGGAGGAGCUACUUCAUCGCGGCCGAGAAGGUGCUUUGGGAUUACGGUCCCAACGGCUACGAUAAAUUCACCGGCCUGCCGCUGAACGCGUCUGGAAGUGACUCUGAGCCCUUCUUCACCCAAGGAGACGCUAGGAUAGGAGGAAAGUAUUGGAAAGUUCAGUAUGUGGAGUUUACCGACGCCACGUUUACCCGAAGAAAGAGCCGGUCAGAGAGAGGGACCACCCACCUUGGAAUACUUGGCCCGGUCAUCAAAGCUGAGGUGGGGGAUACCCUGUCGGUGACGUUUUCCAACAGGGCGGACAAGGCCUACAGUGUCUUGCCCCAUGGUGUGUUCUACAGCAAGGAGUCAGACGCGGCCCCCAACGAAGAUGGGUUUCAGAAGAUGGGAGCACACGUCCUACCGGGAGAGACCUUUACAUACAAGUGGACGGUGCCAGAAAGCGUGAGUCCUCUGGCCGAUGACCCCCCCUGCCUGACCUACCUGUACUUCUCAGCGGUGGAUGCGAUCAAGGACACCAGCUCUGGCCUAGUGGGGCCUCUGGUCAUCUGUAAACCAAACUCUCUGAACGAGGAUGGAACCCAGAAAGGAAUAGACAAAGAAUUCUACCUCCUCUUCACUGUCUUUGAUGAGAAUCUAAGCUGGUACCUUGACCAAAACAUUCAGAAAUUUACCUUGCGUCCCUUUGGUGUUGACAAAGAGGAUAAAGAAUUUGUGAAAUCCAACCGAAUGUCUGCCGUAAAUGGUUACAUGUACGGAAAUCAGCCGGGCUUGAACAUGUGCAAAGAAGAUAAGGUUUCCUGGCAUCUGCUUGGGUUGGGGACGGACACAGAUAUGCACGGAGUUCAUUUCCAAGGGAACACCAUCCACAGGAGAGGAACCCACAGGGAUACCGUCGCCCUCUUCCCUCACUCCUCUCUGACUGCAUUUAUGCAGCCAGACCGCGCAGGCAUUUUCAAACUGGUCUGUAGGACGAUGGACCACUUCACCAAAGGAAUGAAGCAGAUCUAUGAGGUGAACACCUGCGGCAAUCCAUUCCCCCCAGCACAGCCCCACGGGACAAUCCGAGUCUUUUACAUUGCGGCCGAGGAGGUGGAGUGGGAUUAUGCCCCCAACAAAAACUGGGAGCUUGAAAAGCAGCACAUGGAUUUUGGAAGAGAGAGGUACGGGGAAAUAUUUAUGAACCACACAGAGAAGUGGAUCGGCUCUCAGUACAAGAAAGUGGUUUACAGGGAGUAUACGAAUGGGGAGUUUGUGGAGAUUAAGGCGCGAUCACCCCGAGAGGAGCAUCUGGAAAUCUUGGGACCCAUGAUCCGGGCAGAGGUUGGUGACUCCGUCCUGAUCGUAUUUAAGAACAAAGCCAAGCGGCCAUACUCCAUCGCUGCCCACGGCAUAGAAGAUAUGGACGGGGGGAAAAGGCUGGACGUGCCCAACACCAGGCCAGGCGAAAUAAAAACCUACCGGUGGAAUAUCCCUAAAAGGUCCGGCCCGGGUCCCUCUGACCCAAAUUGUGUCUCGUGGGUGUACUAUUCCACGGCAGAUUUUGUGAAGGAUACCUACAGUGGUUUGAUAGGUCCACUGAUCACUUGUAGAGAAGGAGUACUAAAUGAGAUGGGGCAAAGAAGUGAUGUCGACUAUGAGUUUGCACUCCUGUUUCUGAUCUUCAAUGAGAAUAAAUCCUGGUAUCUGGAUGAGAAUAUUAAAAACCAUCUCGAUAAGGAUCCUGCUGAUUUUAAACCCUCCGAUGACUUCGAGAAGAGCAACAGGAUGCACGCAAUUAACGGGAAGAUCUACGGGAACCUCCAUGGCCUGGUAGUAAACGAAGAUUCGAAGACCAACUGGUACUUGCUGGGAAUGGGGACGGAAGUGGACAUACACACCGUCCACUUCCACGCGGAGAGCUUUAUAUUCAAGAUUGACAAAUCUUACAGAGAAGACGUAUACGAUCUCUUUCCGGGGACUUUUCAAACCAUCGAACUCAUAGCGGAUCACCCGGGGACAUGGCUGCUGCACUGUCACGUGACCGAUCACAUCCAUAACGGCAUGGAAACGACAUACACCGUCCUGAGGAAGAUAGACAACAGGAUUCCUUACUCGACCAAGGUGUCUUUUGAAGAAGCGGCCCCUCCGCCCACCAUACCUGCGGAUGAAGGAAGUAGCCAAGAGAGGAUACAUUUCUUGGGCAAAAAGCUGGAUCCCCGAGGGGCCAAAGCAGCCCUGGUCAGCCUCUUUAUCAUCGGCUCCCUCCUCCUGGUCGCCGUCACGGUCCUGUUCCUCAGCCUCCGCUCCCUUCGGAGGAGGAUGGCCUAUCGAGCGGUGCACACGUGCGCUCUCCCGAUGGAUACUCUGUAAGCCCGUCCCCUCCCCGGCCCUCCCCGACAAAGUGGGGGAAGUGGCGGGCCCGGGACCCCAACCUGGACCUGCGACCACGUUUACAAAGUUGGCAAUAGACGCUGUACUCUACCCUGGAUUGGGCCCCCAAAGCCGCUCUCGAUACUGCAACGGAAACACGAGCCACUUGCCGUUCUUGUGUGAAACGGACUGUGAAUCGCUUCCAGGCGCAAAGCACAGGGAAUGUGAGGUGGGGGGAAAAAAAAGAAACAUUGGCUGGACAGAGAUGUGUUGAAUAUGAGUCACUCCCUAAGAGAGAUUACUUAAGAGGGAUGCAGGGUUUUGCAUCUGACUUCGGAGACGGAGACUUCGGGAGUGACCGCGAUCGGUAUCCGGAUCGACAAUACCAUCACGACCUACAAAUCAAUCGGCGAGGACUGAUUUUUCCCUCCAUCCGGCGGGGUGGUUUCUACCUUAACGUAUUUCAGGGUCAGAAACCUCUACUAGGAUUUUAAGCAUCUGCAGGCAGAAUUCAACCUAGUGAAUCUGAGCACUUAACCAAUUCUCCUCUCUUCUUCCUGUCUCACCAGCAGGUUGUGCACUGUCAGCUACGGGAAGGAUUUUUUUUUUCAUUUUAAAUUGCUGCUUUUUUUUACAUAAACUAUAGAGAGAUAUUUGAACGUUUACAACUCACUUAGAACUAGGUUUUACUAAUGAUAUAUUUCUGUGGACGAGGUUUUAUAUCAGCAAGUGUCUUCGUACUGAUGCUUCAGAACCGAGGAGGGGGAAAGUCCGAGAUAACGUCCGGGCAGAUGGAUUCUCCCACUGUGGCUGGU